GCCCCCGCCCCUCCGGCUCCCCGCCGGCCCGCCCGCAGUCGCCAGCCACCGCAGCGCUCCGCCGCUCGCUGUCCUCGGUGCUGUCCCGGCUGGCAGUGCGCAGCCCGGAGCCGGCUCCGCUCGGGGGAUCGCGGGAGCGCCGGGGCACGGCCAGGGUCCCACCACUCUGGCCGCUUCCCAUCGGACGCUCGGAUCCACCCGUCUUCCCUCCAGUGUGCAAAAGGAGAAACUGAGUCUGAAUCGGCAGCUUCUGGGAUUUGCUCCAGCUCCAUCCUUCCUGGAAUUUCUACGUGAACAUUUCUCUUCAUCUGGGGCUGGACUGGACAGAAGCAGAGGGCCAUGGCGCUGCUGCCCACUGGGUUUCUGCUGAGCCUGCUUGGCCCUGUGGCCUGCUGGGCACUGGGUUCGGGUUCCGAGCUGCGAUCGGCCUUCUCCGUGGCCCGGACCAGCAGUCUGGAGGGCACCACGGAGAUGGCGGUGACCUUCGACAAGGUCUACGUUAACAUCGGAGGCGACUUCGACCCGGCCACGGGCACGUUCCGCUGCCGAGUUCCGGGGGCCUACUACUUCUCCUUCACCGUGGGCAAGUACCCCCAGAAGAGCCUCUCGGUGAUGCUGGUGAGGAACAGGAACGAGGUGCAAGCCCUGGCCUUCGACGAGCAGCAGCGGCCCGAGCGCAAGGCGGCCAGCCAGAGCGCCAUGCUGCAGCUGGACUACGGGGACACGGUCUGGCUGCGGCUCCACGGGGACCCCCAGUACGCCCUGUACGGCUCGGCGGCGGGGCCCUGCACCACCUUCAGCGGCUACCUCAUCUACCCGGACACCUCCUCCUACUUCCACAGCCGGCAGGGCCCGGCGGGCCAGCUCCCCGGGGCCGCCGAGCCCGACCCCCGCUCCGCCUUCUCGGCCGCGCGCUCCGAGAGCCUGGUGGGCAUCGACGAAGCCCCGGCCGCCCGCCACCGGCCGCUCACCUUCGACACGGAGUUCGUCAACAUCGGAGGGGACUUCGACGCGGCGGCCGGGCUCUUCCGCUGCCGCCUGCCCGGGGCCUACUACUUCUCCUUCACCAUCGGCAAGAUGCCCCAUAAGAUGCUGUCGGUGAAGCUGAUGAAGAACCGCGACGAGGUCCAGGCCAUGAUUUACGACGACAGCCCCUCGCGGAGGCGCGAGAUGCAGAGCCAGAGCGUGAUGCUGGCCCUGAAGCCGGGGGACACGGUCUGGCUCCAGAGCCACCAGCACGAGGGCUACGGGGCCUACAGCAACCACGGCAAGUACAUCACCUUCACCGGCUUCCUGGUCUACCCCGACGGCGCGGCCGGCCCCUGAGCCGGCCUCCCAGGGGGCCACGGCGGACGCAGCCGGGGGACGGGAGGGGGAGGGGUGCAUGCCGCGGACGGCCGGGUCUGGCUUUAGGGUCGGGGUGGGGGAGGGGCCCAACUGCUCCGUCCGCCUUCGGGGCGAGCGGGAAGGCCGCAGGUGCUGCAGGAACCGACUGGACGGGUCUGGGCCAAUAAAGCGGGGCUCCGAGGAGUCCAAGAGCCGA